AUGUCAACCCCUCGCGUCUUCAUCGCCCGACAUGGCGAGACGGAGUGGUCCCUGAGUGGGAAGCACACCGGCGUAACCGACAUUCCUCUCACUGCCGAUGGUGAGAAGAGAGUCAGGGCCACCGGCAGGGCACUUGUCGGCAAUGACAGACUCAUCGUGCCCAACAAGCUCACUCACAUGUCGGUAGUCCCAAACAUCACCUUCUUAUCUUUCGUCUCACCGCGGAAGCGAGCCCAGCGGACUUUCGAGCUGCUCAACCUCGGCUUCAAGGACCUCCCCUGGCACGCCCACGGCCCCGCGGGCGACGCACCCGGCCUGGCCUGCAACGCGCGCAUAGAAAUCACCGAGGACAUCCGCGAGUGGGACUAUGGCGACUAUGAGGGCAUCACGAGCGCCGAGAUCCGCAAGCUGAGGAAGGACCAGGGGCUGAGCGAGAGCUGGGACAUCUGGAGGGACGGCUGCCCCGGCGGGGAGUCGCCCGAGGACGUCACGGAGCGCAUGGACAGGCUGAUCGCCACCAUCCGCACCCAGUACCAGGAGCCGUUCAUGCAGAAGGAGCACCCGGGUAAGGACAUUCACUCCUCCAAUGACGGCACCGGCGACGUCCUCGUCGUCGGUCACGGGCACAUCCUGCGCGCGUUCGCCAUGCGGUGGGUCGGCAAGACGCUCCAGGAGGGCCCGACCUUCCUUAUGGAGGCCGGUGGUGUGGGUACUCUCAGCUACGAACACCACAGCGUUGACGAGCCGGCUAUCUUGCUCGGCGGCGCCUUCGUGGUGUCCGGGCCCGAGCCCGAGCAUGCUGAGGAGUACGUCAACGCUUUCUUAGAGCAGGUGGCGGAAAUAGAGUUCGUGAAGGAGCAGGCCGCACCCAAUGCCUCCCACAAGCAGAAAUCUAUCGACCAGUCGAGAUCCCAGCCCGACACCAGUGAUACAGACUCGGAAGGAGGUGGUGCCAGCCUCUCCAACGGCGAUGCGCCAAACCUCGUAGAUUCCCAGCAAGUGACGCCCUUGGUGCAAGCCGUAACCACGCCUAGCGAUGUAACCCACGAUCAGGAACCCCAAGUUGACCAAGCAGUGCAGGCCACCGCCCCGUCAUCGGAGACCGCAAUUGAGGCCCGGUUGGCGGAGCUGGAACGGCGUUUAAAAGAGGUAGUGGAAGAGGCCAACGCCGCAUACAGACUUGCAACGGCCGCGAAGAAGAACGAGCCGGACCCAAACUCACGCAUCGACAACUUGAAGGAUAGGCGUGACAUAAGGAGCCGGUGGGUGGUGCGUGAUCAGAAUCACAUCCUGGGGGAGAGCGGUUCCAAUUCAGAUCCCGACGAGGUGUUGCUGCCCGCGUGGCCGGACGACGCCGGAGGAAAAAAAGGCGACGCCGUCACGCCUGAUGAGGGUGAGGGGAAGGGGAAGGCUCCAGAGGCGCCCGAACACACCUAUGGCGUUGGAAGGACUGUCCGCGCCUCAGGUAUGCCAGGCUUGUCGUUCGUGGACGAGGAUGAGAAGCCGGAUGGGAAAACUCCUAGUGACAAGAAUGAGUACUCUAACUGCAAUCCUCAGUAA